GCGGAGGUCACUGCGACAUGCCGGAUCCUCUUCACUCCGUCCCGAAAGGCCGACGACCCAUCCGCUCUAGGCCGCGCCCCUCUAUGCCCCCCAAGGGUGGGUGGCUACUCUAGGCUUACUUGCGAACUCUAUCGUCCGAAGCGGCCUCUCGCUCUAGCCCUGGCCUCCGGCACACUCUAUUGUCGCAACCCGCCCACCCCGAGAGAGAGAGAGAGAGAGUCUGGCCCUGGCGGAUCCUAGUGCUGAGAAUGCUGACGGCCUCGGUGGCUCCGCUUUCCUGAGGCGCUGAGGGGUGGCGCCGUCUCUUUCGAUCCCCUUCGGGUGCCACGCGAAGCCGAGACGAAGCCUCUGAGGCUGACUAUGGAAGAAGUGCACAAAACCAGCAGUAGCAAUUCAGCAACUCCGCCACAAACACCGUCUUUACAAGGUACCGCUCUACAAGCAGCUCAGCUUUCUCGUGUUUCUCAACAGAUGUCUCUUAGAGGUCCAGCUCCAGUGACAGUGGUACAACUUCCUGGGGAUCAGGUCCAGGGAGUAAUUCAUACAGUUCAGAGCUCCUCUGUAAUUCACUCACCACAAGCGCAAUCAACGCAGGUGUCUUUGUCGGAGAGUGAGGAUUCACAAGAUUCCUCGGAUAGCAUAGGCUCUUCACAGAAAGCCAGAGGUAUCCUCGCACGCCGUCCAUCUUACAGAAAAAUCUUGAACGAUCUUUCUUCUUCUGAAGACGCACGGGACAGAAAAGGAGAUGAAGCACAUCCUGGUGUCUCUACUAUCACAUCAAUGUCUGUUCCUACACCUGUUUACCAAACCAGCACCGGACAAUACAUUGCCAUUGCACCAAAUGGACCAUUACAACUGAGCAGUCCUGUUGCAGAAAGUGUGCAGGGUUUGCAGACAUUUACAAAUGCUGGUGGAACUCCACUGUUACAGUAUGUACAGACAUCUGAUGGUCAACAGAUACUUGUGCCCAGCAACCAGGUAGUAGUGCAGACUGCUUCAGGAGAUAUGCAAACGUACCAGAUACGCAGUACACCAACCACCGCUUCCCUCCCACAGACUGUUGUGAUGACAACUCCAGCCUCCUUGACAUCUCAGUCAACCAAGACAGAUGAUCCACAGUUGAAAAGAGAGAUACGGCUAAUGAAGAACAGAGAAGCAGCCCGAGAAUGCCGUAGAAAGAAGAAAGAAUAUGUAAAAUGUCUUGAGAAUCGAGUGGCUGUCCUUGAAAACCAGAAUAAAACUCUAAUUGAAGAGCUAAAAACUUUGAAAGAUCUUUACUGCAACAAACCGAGCAUUUUGUGAACAUCAGAAUUUCAGAGGGAAUUUUUUAUAUUAAUUUUUAAAAAUUCAAAUGAGAGGUCAAGAAUGAUUCUUUUCAAUCCAGCGUUCACAAAGACUGUUAAGAUUUUAUUUAGAACUUGUUUGGUGACAAGAGUACAAAAAGGAAACAGAAAAACCUCAUGAGGAGUUCUACUGGCACAACUGGAAUCUUCAUUAAAUCAGAAGAGAGGGAUGUGCAUAUUCUGUCAAUCAAGAGAUACUAAUUUCCUGAUCUACAGUUGAAUUUUGAAAUGCUUGCAAUAUUUGAUUGUAGUUAAACUGUGGAAGAACUGAGUCUUUGCCUUAGCUGAAAAGGUCUAUCAACGUAUAUAACCAGCAUUGAUUUUAAUUUCUUACCUCUCUAAUAGUCAGCUUUCUUUCAGUUAUUUGUAUGUAAAUAUUGUCGCUUCAAAAUGUAAAUUCUAUUCUGUGUUUUUAGGAGAGAGAGAAGCCACUAGCUUGCUAAAAAAGUGUAAGUAAUAUUUGCUAUUAACAGGCAGGCAAUUUAAUUUUUUCUAAUGCUUCCUGUGUUUUAACACUUUUUCUAAAGGCAGUGGGCUUUUUGAAACCAGAAAGAUAUGC